CUCCUGCUCACCACAGCCCUCCUCCUUCCCCUGCCUGCUCUCUGCAGCCUCUCCCUGAAACCCUCUGUGCCUCUCAGCUGGGCACCACAACAACCCAACAUUACGGUGGACCCUGCCCAGACUGCACCCCUGACACCAGGAGUUAACCCCUUUCCGAGCCACACAUCAGCUGACUGUCCAGAGCAAACCUACACCUCUCUAGAUGUUUGUCCGCCUGCUCCCUGCUUUCCCCACGGAUCUGAAAGUCAUCUGCAAACAUUAUGAUUCGCAGUGAUUCCUGUCUAUUCUUAUCUGUCAGUCUGUCCAUCACCACAGAAACAAGAAAGAGUUCAAAGCUGAUCCUUGGUGCAGUCUCACCGCCAGCUUCAACUCCUCUGUGACAUCUACAGACCAUCUGAGAGCUGGACGACAGUGGUGCAUUCUUUCUCUACAAAGACGGAAUGUGGCUUCUUCUGACCUUCGCAGAGCAAGAUUAAGACAUUAGAGAUCAAAUACUAAUCAACAUCUUGGAACUUGUAACAAAUAACUGCCACUUAAACUUCAGCUGGUCCCAAGUUUGAUGCUGAAGAUGACUGGACAAAAUAUGAGACACCCAGAGCUGUGGAGAACAACAACAGUGAGACAACAGCAGAAGUGAUGCAGGCUUGAAAAAGGGCUCUGCUGAUAUCUGAGACAGAAAGACAGAUAAAGACAACUACAUCUGAGGAUGGUGCAGCAAAAUAUCAGACAAUCAUCCAGAUGAAACUCCAUCAAAACAGUCCUCUCUCAACAAUUAUUCAAGUUAUGUGACAAAUGUCCUUGGAUGGCACAAAGAUGAUGACUAAACAGUUAAGUUGGAUUUUGGAGAAGACUAGAUUAAUUUUAAAAUGACUCCAACAAUGACUGCAGCGUAGAGGAUUUGAAUUGCAGUCUAAACAAUUCAUGUAGCAUGAUUGUAAAAUGGACAAGCCAGACGUUUUAAUUCAAAACGCAGUUGAGGCUGACGGGAAAACCACCAGCAGCAGAAGGAACACCACACAACUGAAUCUCCCAAUGACCGAAGAUUAAGGAGCCAAGACCAUCCUGUUAAGUCCAAGAUUAUCUGCUGGCCUUCUGACGCUCAGACAACAUGGAGCUGCAGAAGCUUUCCAAUGGAUCUCACCAUGACGCUGAUGGGCCUUUGGAAGGAGGACUUCUUCCAGAAGAAGAAAAGUUCCUGCAGCACAAAGACGAAGAUUCAAAAAGACCGCAGUUCACAGAUUUUGAAGGAAAAACCUCCUUUGGAAUGUCUGUUUUUAACCUGAGCAACGCUAUCAUGGGCAGCGGCAUCCUGGGACUAUCAUAUGCCAUGUCAAACACUGGCAUCAUCCUUUUUCUGAUCCUGCUGACCUGCAUCGCCUGCCUGUCCUGUUACUCCAUCCAUCUGCUGCUGCGCAGUGCUGGAGUUGUGGGUAUCCGAGCUUAUGAGCAGCUCGGUCUCAGAGCUUUUGGUGAGACUGGGAAGAUCUUAGCUGGUGUGACCAUAACACUACAUAACAUAGGAGCCAUGUCCAGCUACCUGUUCAUUGUAAAAUACGAGUUGCCGCUGGUAAUCCAGACGUUUCUUGGUCAUACUUCCCCUUCAGAAAACUGGUACAUGAAUGGAAACUACCUGAUUAUCAUCGUUACCACUUGCAUCAUCCUACCACUGGCCUUAAUGAAACACCUGGGAUACCUGGGCUACACAAGUGGAUUCUCUCUGUCCUGCAUGGUUUUCUUCCUCUCAGCCGUCAUCUACAAGAAAUUCAACAUUGCCUGCCCUCUUGAAAGAUUUGGCAACUCCACGGUGGACACUGCCAUUCCAGAAAGCACCUGCACAUCCAAGUUCUUCACCAUCAAUCAGGAGACUGCAUACACAAUCCCCAUCCUGGCAUUCGCUUUCGUCUGUCACCCUGAAGUUCUUCCCAUCUACACUGAACUCAGCAACCCAACCAAGAGAAGAAUGCAGAACAUUGGCAACGUUUCCAUCUUGGGGAUGUUCGUCAUGUACUUCUUCACCGCUGUUUUUGGCUAUCUGACCUUCUACGAACACACUGAGGCAGAGCUCCUUCACACCUACAGCGAGGUGGACCCUCUGGACACCCUUAUCCUGUGUGUGCGGCUGGCCGUCCUGGUGGCUGUGACUCUCACGGUGCCUGUGGUGCUGUUUCCUAUCCGCCGCGCCCUCCUCCAGCUGCUGUUUCCAGGAAAACCUUUCCACUGGGUUCGGCACAUUGGCAUUGCUGUCUGCCUGCUGUUUGCUGUGAACCUGUUGGUCAUCUUUGUCCCCAACAUUCGAGACAUUUUUGGCAUCACUGGAGCCACCACUGCCCCCACCUUGAUCUUCAUCCUUCCCGGGCUGUUCUAUAUCCGCAUUGUUCCCAAGACUCAGGAGCCAAUGAACUCCAGGCCAAAGAUCCAGGCUGCGUGCUUCACCUCUCUGGGCUUCAUUUUCAUGAUCAUGAGUCUGACAUUCAUUGGAAUUGACUGGACGAGUGGAGAAAAGCGAAAUCUUGGUGGCCAUUGAUGAGCCCUCCUUAAACUACAGGCACCAAAACGGAGAACCUCCAGCAGAAGACAAGAAAAAAACGAGUGCAAGGCUGGAAGGCUCUGGUUUCAGCUGGACCAUCUUUGUUAGCAUGCUCCUCCACAGUGUUGACUGCUGUAGUUACCUUUCACCAGCUCUGCAUCCAUCACGGGUGGAGCUCCAUGCCGACGAGCAUGCAAUCACGGAAGACCCUCAACCACAGAGGAACCGUGGCUUUAUGAAGGCUAAAAGUGGCGUUUUCCAACAGUUUUCUGAGAAAGGGUUAAUGAGAGUGUGUGCUUACCUUGAGGCCUGAAAAUGCUGUUCACACAAAUCCAACAUGGUGCUUGAGGUUUAAUGCUGCAUCAUGUGAUGAAGAAGCCAUAGCUGUAAGAUGAUGGGACUUUUAUAUUUGUAAAGUAAUUUUACUUCAUGCAACUGUGAACCCCUUCAAAAAAUUUGUGAUUUGUUUUCAGAAAUAAUCGUUAAAUGUUUAAUAAAGAUUUUCCAAAUAUUG